AAUACGUAAAAUUUAGACACCCUUAAAAUGACGAAUGGUAACAAAAAGCUUGGCGCGUUCGUUUUUACUGCACUCACCACGGUAACAGCGGCUCUGUUCUAUUAUGGCUACAAAAAAUACCGGGAAAGAAAAAGGCUGGCACUCGGUGUUUCGAUCAAAGAGGAGGGCAAUUUGCACUACAAGAACAAGGAAUACGCGAGCGCACUCGAGAAAUAUCUUAUUGCUCUUUCGUAUACAAGAACCUGCGAUGGUGAACAUCUGAAUAUCCUAAACAAUAUUUCAUUGACAUACAUUCUUCUAAGAAACUACGAGGAAGCACUGAUCUAUACCAACAGAUUUUUGGCUCUUGAUAGAAAAAAUGCGAGAGUUUUGAAAAGGCGCUACGAAAUACACAAGUCGCUGGAAAUGCUAUUGGAGAGUGUGAGUGAUGCGUUUAUCGCCGGGUUCCUGGAUGGUAGUCAGUAUGGCAGCCUGGGCAAAAGUGCGCUGGAAAGUAUCGUUGAGAAGGAGGUGGAGAACGUAAUGGAUAGGAAAAAUGUAUUCCCGUCAAAAAUCAACGUUGAGGAAUAUUUUGAAACAUUUCCUGAUGUGAGCAAGCUGUUUGUGAAGCAUGGGGUGGAAGGUACUGUUGAGAAUGCCGAGCAAGAAGGGGAAAUCGCACAAAAGCUUUCAGAAGAGGUCAGUAGCGGCGGGGAAGAAGCCGGAGAUCAGACCGGAGACGAACAUGGAAUUAUGGAAGCUGAAAGCAGAAAUAAAAUGUAUGCUACGUCGAAUUUAGGUACCACUGAAGUAAUUGAUGAACAAACCGGUGAAAUAAAUCACAAAAAAUUACGAUAUGAGAAUUACAAGCAGAUAUACGCAUCCAAGGAGAAGAACAGCCUCGUUUUGUUCAUAAAAGCAAGCAUCGAACAUCUCAAGGGAAAUAAUGAACGUGCGCUGUCAAUCAUAAAAAAUGACGUGUUUUAUUACUCAGCCAUACUGAGAGAAUAUCUUACAGUUUUAUUGGGUGGACGGAAAAUUAGUAGAGAAUUUCUCACGCUGAUGAAAAAAAGAGAAAGCGAUUUAAGCGUGUUGUUCUACAGCACUUUGAUUUAUCUGCAGCUGAACGACAUGAACUAUCUAAAAUGCCUUGACAAAGGACUAAAAAGCUAUCCUGAUCAGUUUUACAUAUUGAGAAUUUGCGAUUUGAUACAAAAUAAAGAAUAUAACAGGGUUGAGAAAAUACUGAAAGAUUUGAAAAUGGAGACAAUUGCGCUGAUGUCGCUUGCAUGCGAGUUUUACUUCCUCAUAAAAAAGUACGAUGCGGUUCCAGAUCUUAUCAUCAGGAUGCAAGGUAUAGAUAAAGAAGAUCCCAGAGCAUACCUCUUCCGAGCAAUGCUGAGGGCAGAAAAGAACGAAGAGGGUGUAAAGGAAGACAUAUUGAAGUGUCUCGAGAUUGACAAGACAUUUAUGAAACCGUGUAUAAUACUGGGAAACUAUCUGAUGAAAAGAAAUGACAAUGAGUGUGUGAAGUAUUUUGAGAUGGCAAGAGACCUGAGCGGUGUUAAGGGUGAUGUCGAGGCAGCCAUACAAGCGCUUGUUUUGUUACGGGUGCAGGAUAUGUGUGUAAAAGAAUAUCCUGAUUUGUUCAAGUAAGACUGUGGCACAAAGAUUGCUUAUUCGGUUAAAAGUCCGUUAGAUAAAACGAAAUGAUUGCUACUAAGAAAUGCACAGGCAACAAAUGAGAUGACCAAUCCAUCUAAAUAAAAAAUGGCGAAUGAAUUGUUAGCAAGA